AUGGCUAACGAAGACGGCGCAACCUCGGCGGGGGAUUACUACUGCAUACCCGAGGCCACGUCCUCCACAUCCAUUACACAUCAUCACACCGCGACGUUUGAUUUCGUGGUGACCGAUUACCUGCAGCUUAAGGGCAUGGGUGUCGGCGAGUUCGUUGCCUCGUCCGUCUUCAAAGUCGGCGGCUACAAGUGGGAGCUCAACUUCUACCCGGAUGGGAUCACCCAGUACAGGUGUGGCGAUAACACCUCAUGCUACGUUCGCUACCUCGGCGGAGCCAAGGAUGUGAAGGCCAAGUUCGCGCUCAGCAUGCUGAGGACCAGCAGCCAGGCAGAGGUGGUCAGCUGUCGCGCGAAGGAGCACGUCUUCUCUCAGCGGAAUGACGAGCGGGGCCGCCGCAGGUUUGUGAGCAGGUGGAGCUUGAAAUCCCUGUCCCGCGAAGGCGAAGGCGACGGCUCCUUCACGAUACGGUGCGUGCUCACCGUCAGCAAGGAGUCUCCGCUGGUGCUGCAGGGCAAGCUCGAGCCCUGGAUCGGUGACCCGACAGGCGCGGACGUCACGUUCCGCGUGGGCGGCCGGAAGUUUCCAGCGCACCGGAUCCUCCUGGCCUCGCAGUCGACAGUCUUUAAAGCUCAGCUCUUUGGCCCCAUGGCGGAGAAGGACAUGGGGCGCGUCAAGGUCGUGGAUGUGGAGCCGACCAUCUUCCAAAUGAUGCUUCACUACGUCUAUACGGAUUCGCUGCCACCGUGCGACGACAAAGACGGGUACAGCGUCGCGACGCUGCAGCAUUUGCUGGUCGCCGCGGAUAGGUAUGGGCUGGGCAUGCUGAGGCUAAUGUGCGAGAGGGAGCUGUGUGAAAAGAUCGAUGUCAAGACUGUCAGGUCCACCUUCGCAUUGGCGAACCAGCACAACUGCGAGCAGCUCAAGAGUGAUUGCCUGUGGUUUAUCUCAUCGCCAAAAGUCCUUGGCGCCGUCUUAGAGACCGAGGGGUUCAAGGAGCACUUCAUACCAAGUUGCCGCCCAAUGGCUUUGGAGGAGGGAGCUUCAGGGAAAAAAUGUAGACGUCGAGAGGAAAAAAUUGAUCCAAACAAGAAAAAGAUCAAAAAGAUCCGUACAAAGCAGUGA